CCUCUCCUCCCACCCUCCGUUUUCCUCCCCUCCCCUCCCGGCUAGGGGCGGGAGGGGGCGUGGCAGGGCCGAGGUUUGUGUGGCUGGGACCCCGCUCCUCGCACUCGGAGUCCGCGGGAGGAGCCGGGCCCCCGCCGCUGUCCAGCCGCUCUGUGCCCCUCGCGCCCAGCGCUGCCGCCUCUCCGGGAGACGCUGCCAGUCGCUCGCCAUGGAUACUCCCAGGGUCCUGCUCUCGGCCGUCUUCCUCGUCAGUUUCCUGUGGGAUUUUCCGGGUUUCCAGCAGGCUUCCAUCUCAUCCUCCUCGUCCUCCGCGGAGCUGGGCUCAGCCAAGGGAAUGCGAAGCCGCAAGGAAGGGAAGAUGCCGCGAGUGCCGCCAGAGAGUGCUUCGGCCACGGCUCCCCUGGUGCGCGAGGAGCCACAGCCGCAGCCGCAGGAUGAGCCCCGGCGGCGGCCACCACGGCAGCCCCAGGCGCAGGAGCUUCCAAGCAGGGGCCCGCGCGUGGUGCCCCACGAGUACAUGCUGUCAAUCUACAAGACUUACUCCAUCGCCGAGAAGCUGGGCAUCAAUGCCAGCUUCUUCCAGUCUUCCAAGUCGGCUAAUACGAUCACUAGCUUUGUAGACAGGGGACUAGACGAUCUCUCGCACACUGCUCUCAGGAGACAGAAGUAUUUGUUUGAUGUGUCCACGCUCUCAGACAAAGAAGAGCUGGUGGGCGCGGAGCUGCGGCUCUUUCGCCAGGCGCCCGCAUCGCCCUGGGGGCCGCCCACCGGGCCACUCCACGUGCAGCUCUUCCCUUGCCUGUCUCCCCUGCUGCUGGACGCGCGGACCCUGGACCCGCAGGGGGCGCCCCGGACCGGCUGGGAAGUGUUCGACGUGUGGCAAGGCCUGCGCCACCAGCCCUGGAAACAGCUGUGUUUGGAGCUGCGGGCCGCAUGGGGCGAGCCCGACACUGUGGAGGCCCAGGAGCGCGCGUCGGGGCCCGAGCAGCCGCUGCCCCCGGACCUGCGGAGUCUGGGCUUCGGCCGGAGGGUGCGGCCCCCCCAGGAACGUGCCCUGCUCGUCGUGUUCACCAGAUCCCAGCGCAAGAACCUGUUCUCUGAGAUGCGCGAACAGCUGGGUUCCUCCGAGGCUGCUGACUCGGGCGCGGGCGCGGAGGGGUCGUGGCUGCUGCCGUCGGGAGCCCCAGACGGCGGGCUUUGGCUGCCCUCACCUGGUCGCCGGCGGCGGCGCACGGCCUUUGCCAGCCGCCACGGCAAGCGGCACGGCAAGAAGUCGAGGCUGCGCUGCAGCAAGAAGGCCCUGCACGUGAACUUCAAAGAGCUGGGAUGGGACGACUGGAUUAUCGCACCCCUGGAGUACGAGGCCUACCACUGCGAAGGCGUGUGCGACUUCCCCCUGCGCUCGCACCUGGAGCCCACCAACCACGCCAUCAUCCAGACUCUGAUGAACUCCAUGGACCCCGGCUCCACCCCGCCCAGCUGCUGUGUGCCCACCAAAUUGACUCCCAUCAGCAUCCUGUACAUUGAUGCUGGCAAUAACGUGGUCUACAAGCAGUAUGAGGACAUGGUGGUGGAGUCAUGCGGCUGCAGGUAGCAGGCGCCUUCCCCACCGCCUUGGCUCGUGACCACAGGGGAGGCCUGACUGCAGAGGCGAAGGAGGAGGAGCUGGCCUUGGAGGCAGAGGGUGGGGGUACAACCUGGACAUGCACUCCGGUGGGAGGGAAGGGAGCUCAGCCUUCCCAGAACCUUCCACCUGCAAGACCAGAGGGAGAUACGGAUUUUCACACCUUGACUGGCCACCCUGGAAAAACAAGCCAAGGAGGAUUUCUUAGUUUUUAUCGUUAUUAUUGUGGCUUUGGAAUUUUUUGUGUGUCCCACAGGUUUUGAUGGGAGGUGGGGGGAGGGGAGACAUACCUGCUCCAUGGAUUGAAAAAAGGAUAGUUUAAGAAGGGAAAUAGUGUGGGAGGAAGAAACACCUUUGACCACAUCUUGGUUUGAUUGUUUUCUACCUGUGUAAAGAAGGUGGGCCUUUCUGGUCAUGUCAGCCCAUGCCUUAUGACCUCCCAAGCAGAAAGUGUUAAAAUAGAGGCAUUGGCACCAGGAAUAGGAAAGCCAAGAAGGGCCCUGCCUUUAGAAGAGAGUUGAGAGAAGUGGGUCCAAACAGGCCUUUUUCACUUACUUGUAUACCUGAUUCUGCCCCAGCCUCUCCCAGUAUGGGGAACUGGCAACCUGCAUCUCACUAUAGGGGGCUCAGAUCACUGCCUUCACAGUUGCUUUUUCUGGUGGGGGAAAAGGGAGCUGGUAUGGAUGGAAUGACAAGAAUGAGUCCAAAUGGAACCCCCUGAAGGAUAAUGAGAAACCACAAGGCCUGCCUCUGAUGCUUGACACUGAGGUGCAUUAGCCUUGGCUGGAGGUAGCCCAGGAAAAGCCCUUCCUGAUGUCAGUUUCUAAUUGAUUUCUUUGAACAGAAUUUGCCAAAAUUCAGGUAUUCCUCUUUUAAGGAGAAGGCAAUUUCCCAGUUAAACAAAAAAUGUGUAGAGGUGGGAACUAUAUAGCUAAGGUAAGAGAUACAGAGGGAAAAAAUUACCCAGAAAUAGAAGGAUGAAGUCAGGAGGAGAGGUAGUGGGCCCCACAGGAGGAUGGGGAGAAGGGACAGGCCAGGAGCAGGGAAGAGAAGGAUGAAAGGGAACCCAAGUCCCUGUCUCCGAAGUUUCUUUAAAAUCUCUGUUCCCUCCCCUCUCUUUGACAUUCCUGAAAGAUUACCAGCCAGCAAUAGCCCAGGGCUCCCCCAAAAGAAUUGUUUCAGAUUGUAAUUACCAGUUAGGCAAUGUUUUUAAAACUUAGUAAUGAGAAACUGUGAAAAGAGCAAAGUGUUACAUUGAGCUUGGGGUGGGAGAUGGGGACCAGGCAGUGAGGAAGGAGGCAGGGGUGGAAUUCAUCUUCCAGAAGGAAGCAGGAGAGCAGAGCACAGUUGAAAUGCCCACUCGGGGACUGUCAAAAACAUGAACUUUCCCCCAGCCUGCACCAGUAUUAUUUUAAACAUUGCCCAUAAGUAGGCCCUUUGAAGAGUCCUUCUCAUCUUUGACCAUGAAAUGGUUUAAACAAGGGAACUUCUGCCAACCAUUAAAAAAAGUUUUUAUUUUUUUCCUAAGUGGUUUUGCUCUCUCUUGACCUAAACCUGUUGCUUGUUUGAGAACUACAAUAUGUCAAAGAAAGGGUGAGAAUGAUAAUAAAUACUAAUAUAAAAUGCUAAGUUAAAAAAAAAAAGAGAAAAAAGGAAAAGGAAAAAAAAGACUUGGCCAGGAGAAAUAAUUUAAAAUGCACAUUUGCUUUGGAUGCACUGUUGUUCUGUUAAGGCUGUAUAUAUUUGUUUAUUUAAGGUGACUGAAAGUGCAAGGAGGAAAUGGACAGCAUGAAAUUCAUCUUAAUGUACAAAAUGUUUAUGCACUCAAAUGUUAUAAUUUCUAAUAUUUUAAAGCUAUAUUCGAGUUGUACA